GACAUCAUGUAGUUGAGGCAACGGAGCGGAGGACGGAAAGGGAAAGCAGCAAAGCAGCAAAGCGUCAGUUUCGGAAGCAGCCUCGAAGUGGAGGACGGAUUUUCGCGGUGAGCUCCGCCGCCACACGACGGGACGCAAGGCGAAUAACAACCAGGAGAUUAACCGUCUCGGUUUGUCGUCGAGAACAUCAAUUUCCUGGCCGGGUGAGACGACCACAACACGGUGUCGCCUCCAGACAAGCAACGUCCAGGAUGAACCACUUAUCCUUCAGCGAGCUUUGUUGCCUCUUCUGUUGUCCGCCGUGCCCCAGCAAGAUAACGGCCAAACUAGCCUUCCUGCCCCCCGAGCCCACCUACAGCCUCAUGUGUGACGAGAGCGGCAGCCACUGGUCCCUGCAUCUCUCCGAGCGCGCCGACUGGCAGUACUCGUCCCGAGAGAAGGAGGCCAUCGAGUGCUUCAUGACGCGCACCUCUAAGGGCAACCGCAUCGCGUGCAUGUUUGUGCGCUGCUCGCCCAACGCCCGCUACACACUCUUAUUCUCCCAUGGAAAUGCAGUGGAUUUGGGCCAGAUGAGCAGCUUCUACAUCGGCCUGGGUUCUCGGAUCAACUGCAACGUGUUCUCCUACGACUACUCUGGUUAUGGCGCCAGUUCGGGGAAACCCUCAGAGAAGAACCUGUAUGCUGAUGUCGAUGCUGCCUGGCAGGCGCUGCGCUCACGGUACGGUAUCCGUCCAGAGAACGUCAUCGUGUAUGGCCAGAGUAUUGGAACGGUGCCUUCUGUGGACCUGGCCUCUCGCUAUGAGAGUGCCGCAGUGAUCCUGCACUCGCCGCUCACCUCCGGCAUGAGGGUGGCCUUCCCUGACACCAAGAAGACUUACUGCUUUGACGCCUUCCCCAACAUCGACAAGAUUUCCAAGGUGACGUCGCCAGUCCUGGUCAUCCACGGCACGGACGACGAGGUCAUUGACUUCUCCCACGGCCUGGCGCUGUACGAGCGCUGCCAGCGCCCCGUGGAGCCGCUGUGGGUAGAAGGGGCCGGGCACAACGACGUGGAAUUGUAUGGACAGUACCUGGAACGGCUCAAGCAGUUUGUGGCGCACGAGCUGGUCAACCUGUAGUGAAGCCGAGUAACCGAAGCUGCGGAGAAAACACCGGUGGUACAUGUUUUGGUUUAUCGUUACCUUGCUCUUUUUCUUGUCGUGUGGGAUACAGGUGCUGUUUUUCUCCUUUUUUUUUGGAAGUUUUGGUGGUAGAAUUGAUCAUAAGCCACCUGUCCAGUUCAGGCCAGCCCCAGAGCCUAACCGUACCGUCCACUCCUCAGCUGUGAACUUGAAACACUAACUUCUACUUUUGUUUGUUUUUGAACAUCUUGCACAAUUGCACAAUGCUCAAGCGAGCGCCUCGCGUGUGAACCGCCUGUGUACGUGUGCAUACGUCACAUUUUUGCUGCCUUUUUGCAAACCAUGCUCCUCAGUUCCGAAAGGACACCUCUGAGGUUCUUGGUACUGGACUUGGACUCCAAUAGUGUAAUUAUUAUUUUUGUAUUAUUAUUACAGUACGUUUGUAUAUAUUAUACAUGAUAUUUGCACAUAUCAGCUGUCACUGAAGACGUGUGUGAGACAAAAGGGUGUUGCCAAAUGUUUAGUAUAAUAUAUCGCAAAGAACUCCUUCCUGUCUUUUUUUUUUUCCUCACUCUUGCAAGUUCUCCAUGAAAUAUUACUGUAAGAUCAGCUUCACUAUGCAGCAGUUUCUCAGAUGAACAAUUCCCAGAUCCUGCUUUUCUUUGGGUUGUAGAAUGUUGAAUCCA